UUAAAAGCUGGAUAAAAUGAACAAAAACAAGUUUAACUGUCUAAUCAUAUUUCUCUUUGAUGUGUAUACGAGCAUGCGCAUUAAAGACGUCGGGUCUGGGAGAAGUUUCGGCGGGAAAGGCGCGCGCGCGGAUUGCGGCGCUUCGGCUGAAAGAGGAGGGAAAGGGGGAGGAGGUAGAGGAGGAGGAGGAUGAGGAGGAGGAAGGGGAUCACGCUUUAAGUCCUGCGUGCUGCGGGAAGCUUCAUUUGUCAGCCGCUGACACCGAGAGACGCUCUCCGUGGGUGAAAACGGGGGAGAACCAGCUCAAAAUCCUACAUAAUGUAGAGGUUGUUUUCUUCCAUCCUCAACCAGAAAAAAAUAUCUUGUAAUUUUUUUCUUUCUUGUAUUUUUUUUCUUUUGACAUUUGUUUGCGCAUCAGAAAAGAGUGACUUGAAAUCGCCGCAGGGAUGAGUGUUUGGUGGGCGCGUGCGCUUCAGACGGAUCCCAGCUCCUGAUGAAGGGACCAAAGCGGACACACCGAGGCUGUCAGUGAUGGUUUCCAAGAGAAGAUCGCAAAGGUGGAGCGAUUAGAGGAGGGCUGAUGAAGAGACUAUUAAUCCUUUCAGUGCAUCAAAAGCACCAAAGGGUAUUACAAACGUUUGGAUGGAAAUCUGGGGAGUGUUUGGGACUGCCUUUAGUUUUAUACGAAACUGGUGAUUAGUUGGAGCAAAUCAAUUAUUUUUUCAUCUCUUUUUUCACUUUAAAUGUCUAUUUCCCCUCUUCUAAAAGGUUGUAUGGUUUUAACGCGUGAGUUUGCAAAGAAAAACUAAAACAAAAACUAAUCUUAUUUUUUUUUCCUUAUUCUUUCUAUUCAAGUAUUCUCAAAUCUAAAUGGAAUUAGUUGAGUCUGAAGCCCUUUGUGAAAGGAACAGACAUGGUACAUGGACGCAGCUUCCAUCACGUUGUUGCAAGUCUACUCAUGCUUGGGUUGGCCAUGGCAACAAAAAAGGACACUUCAGUGAGGAACAAUUCUGGAGUGAAGCCUGCAGGUCAAUGUGGAACGUGGGUGAAAGAAGCAGAAGGAGGGCUCUUUACUUCUCCCAAUUACCCAAACAAAUAUCCCCCGAACACAGAGUGUGUUUACAUCCUUGAAGCCCCGCCGAGACAGUGUCUUGAUCUGCACUUUGAGGAGAAUUAUUCAAUUGAGUCUUCUUGGGAAUGUAAAUUUGACAACAUCGAGGUCCGGGAUGGGCCGUUCAGCUUCUCCCCAAUCCUCGGGCGGUACUGUGGUCAGCACAGCCCACCUGACAUCAGGAGUAGCGGCCGGUAUCUGUGGAUUAAGUUUGAAACAGAUGGAGAACUGGAAGGAGUGGGAUUUUCAGCUAGCUACAACUUCACAGCAGAUCCAGACUUUGGAGACUUGGGAGUUCCUCCACCACUGCCCUCCUGUCAGUACGACAUGGUUGGCCCUGAAGGGAUCGUCGAGUCUCAUCAGAUAACCAGAGACGGCAAAGCUGGUGCUGCCGAGGCAGUCGACUGUAAAUGGUACAUCCGCGCUCCACCUCGUUCCAAGAUCUAUCUACGUUUUCUGGACUAUGAAAUGGCGAAUUCCAAUGAAUGCAAGCGCAACUUUGUAGCAGUUUAUGAUGGUGGCAGUUCAGUGGAAGACCUGAAGAGUAAGUUCUGCUCCACGGUGGCCAACGACAUCAUGCUCGUCUCCACGCUGGGAGUGGUCCGCAUGUGGGCAGACGAGGCGAGCCGGAAAAGUCGAUUCCGAAUCCUUUUCACAACCUACCAAGAGCCUCCAUGUGAUGCAGAUGCCUUCUUUUGUCACAGUAACAUGUGCAUAAACUACACGCUGGUGUGUAACGGCUUACAGAACUGUGUCUACCCCUGGGAUGAGAACCAGUGCAAAGAAAAACGAAACACCAAAUUCCUGGACAACCUGAACACCACAAACGGGGCCAUAAUCGGGGUAACGUGUUGCAUCGUCUUCAUCCUCCUCAUCGUCUCUGUCAUCGUCCAGAUAAAGCAACCACGAAAGAAGUACGUCCUGCGGCGUGAAGACUUUGACCCCACCAUGUUUCAGGAGGUUUUUGAGCCCCCCCACUACGAGUUGUGCACUUUACGGAGUGCCCCCACUCCCACGGCAGCGUCUGCCGACUUAGUCGACCUGGCAGAAGAUUUUGACAACUACCACGCCCUCCGUGCCUCCUCACGCUGCGUUCACGACCACCACUGUGGCUCCUCCUCCAACCCCGGCUCCGCACACAUAUCCCAGCUGUCGCUCAGCGGCCGAGGGAGCCGCAGCAAUCUGAGCGUCCGGGACGCCGCGGCUGCCACUCUGCUGGCGGACCUCCCGCAGCCCCCCAUGGCCGUCCGGCCCCUGCUGCCCGCCACGGGAAACCGCAGGAGCAUCUUGGUCAUGAAGCACAGCUACUCACAGGAGGCAGCGGACACCGGGUGCGACCUGGACGACGACCUGGAAGAAGUUCCUACCACCAGCCACCGACUCUCACGUCACGAAAAGGCAGUACAGCGGUUCUGCCUCAUUGGCUCUUUGAGCAAACAUGAAUCAGAGUACAACACAACUAGGGUCUAGGAGACAAUCUCAAGACUUCUAGAGAAUAGCGUAAUCCUGGAGCAGUUUGAGCGGAAUUCUCUGACAAGUGAAAAAGCGGAGCAGAGAUUUACACCAGCAUGAUGAUGAUGAUGAUGAUGAAGGACUCUGAUGAAAUGAACUCUUGGGUGGUGGUGGUGGGGGGGGGGGGUCAUGUGAAAACCUGAACACUGAAGACUAAUUGGAAUCAGUCCAGAUAAAAACUGUUUCCUCCUCUAGACUUUUGCUUUCCCAUCAUUCAUUUUGAGCUUCAGGUUGUUAAAAACAUCGAUGUCUUUAUUACAAAUCCCUCCUAACUCGUCUUUUUUCACUUAUUUAAAACGAUUGAUUAUGAUUUAAAUAGAGUUGCUUGAAUUUAGUCAAAAUUUAAAAUCAUCUAAUUUGGGUCUUCUUAAGACUCAGAAUAUUGAAAGUUGAAUGGCUUGUGCAUGCGUCUUUUAUUAAAGCAUCUACAUGAUAACAUUGAUAAGAAUAUUCUUACUAAUAUUAAUAAGUCACAUAUUACUUUAAGUGCAUGUUUAACUACAACAACAUUGGCCCCCAAAAUUUCCAAAAGAUAAUUUGACAAUAUUUCCUUCUAAACAUAUCAACUAACUUUUGACAGGCUUCAUUUUUUUUUCUUUUUGUAACUAAAAGCUAAAACUAGAACAUCUCUUUUAAUGUAGGAGCUUCAUAUCUUUAUAACAAAACACACUUUUAUACUAAAAGGAAUCAAAAGAAUGUUUUUCAAAUCUUUCAGGGCUAAUUUUACCUAUGCUUCUCAAAGUAAUACUGAUGAUUUUUUUUUCUUUAAUUUACUGAUCUAAUCUACAUUUGUUUGUGUUUUCUUGUCUGAUGAUUAUUAGUUACAAACAAAAAUAAUUUGAUUCUUAUUAAAAAGGACAAAAAAAUCUUAUAACUGGUUGCGUAAAAUAAAUUAUUUGAUAAGGAAAUUCAUAAAGAUUCACAUUAUAAAGAAAAAAAAAUAAGAUUUUUUUUACAUUAAAUUUGGAAUCUGACCCAAAAGAAAAUUAUGAUUUAUUUUUUAAUAUAAUAAGUGUUUUAUUAUUCAUCUUAACAAAACUGCUGCACACGAUCAAUAAGAUUAUUAUCUGAAAAAUCUUGUUUGGAUGAUUUUUUUUAUUAAUCUGCUUCAUGUGUGUGUUCACAUCAAAAAUGUGGUUUGUUUUUGUCAUUUUAACUACUUCCUGUCUGAUUUGCACCAUAAUGUGUCGUUUACACAAGUCAUAAGCUGCUCUCCAAAUAUUGACUAAUACAAUAUUUUGUAUUUAAAAUUCCUUAUUCUCUGAUUGGCUGAGAGGCGUUUUUAGUCUGACUGUGAAGGUUGUGGUUUUUGUGUGCAGUGCCUUUAUUCCUUCAAAAUGUGUGUAUUUUUUCACAUCUGUUUCCUUUAAAGUUUUGAUGGGUAGUUCCUGUAUAGAGAAGAGCACAUUUAGUUAGAAAUUGCACCUUAAAGCUUAUUUUAUUUUAUUUAUUACUCAAUCAACACCUAAAAUUCUUAUUUAAUUGGUGUUUUAUUUAAUUUGGUUAUUUGUACAAUCUGGAUAAAGAUUCCAUAAUAUUUAGUUAGAAUUUAAUGCUAAAAUAAUCCCAAAGAUGACAUUUCUGGAUUUAUUUUGACACAUUAACGCGUUUGUCUGUUAUUUUGUGUCUAAAUGUGUUUUUUUUUUCCUUUGUGGUGAUAAUUUUAUGAUUUACAUGCCUGUAUGUGUGUCUUCAGUGUCACGCAGAAAAGCUUUUUACUGUUUCCUCUGAUCCAUGUGCACAGUCAUCUCUGUGAUUACUAAAUAAACUUCUUUUUUUUUUUCUUUGCUGUUUCUGCACACUUUGCUUUGACUUUGUGUCUGUCUCCGCUGAAAUAAAUCCAGAAGGAAUGCCGCGUAGAGCGGCACAUGCACUUAUCGAUUUCUCUGUCUGUUUCUCCCCUCUCGAACACACUCGAACGCGCGCACGCAAAGUCGCAAACUCAUCUACCAGCUCAGAGAUGGAGGCGGAAAUGUCACUAAUUAAAUGCAUCGUUCGUCUGCAUCUGGACACAUUUUAAAUCAGUCUCCCUCCUACACUCAUCUUUAAAGGACGUUUGCCCUUACUAACUUUGCCGAUGUAGAUUGUAGUGAUGAAGGAUAAACAAUUGACACAAAGUUUGGAUGGAAGAGAUGGAUUUUCCUGGAGUUGAAGAAAUGGAUACCUAAAAGAAAUUUUGACCUUUUUUGGGGAGAAUACAGAACCUUUAAUGUAAAUUUGUUUGAAGAGACUUAAAACAAAAUCUUUAUCAGGUUUGAAAUCUGUUUUUAAGUAUCUGUCAAAAUGCAAAAGCUUUUAUUUUUUUAUUUUGAUGUCUUCACGGUAGAAACGUUGGUUGUUUUAUAUAAGCAGGUCAUAAAAAAAGGUAGUGUUUAAUUAAUGGAUCAUAACUAAUUUCUUGUUGGGUUUUUUUGGCAUUUUACUAACAGUUUAUUCUGAAUGUUUGUGGUCGCACUGCGAAAGAUUUUUUUAAAACUCAGUUUGGACAUUUAUUUGAUAACACAUUGGGAAAAUGCUGGGCUGAAUCUUUUAAAUAAACUAAUAUUUACUGAUU